ACACUCUCAAAACAACCUCCAUAGCAGCACCGGAGACUGAAAGAAACUUGCACUCUGCUCCCCUCAACUAUCACAAUAUUACAUAAAUUACCCCUGUACAUAUUUCAAUUUCAGCUUUUCAAAUAACUGGUUCAUGGCGUCACCUGAAAAGCCGCCGCCGGCGAUCAUCGUCCAACCAGCAUCCCCUCGGUUUCCAAAAUCCGGCACUUUAACCGCCGGAACUCAACGAAAAGUCGCGAUAGCCGUCGAUCUAAGUGACGAGAGUGCAUACGCCGUGAAUUGGGCCGUUCAGAAUUACCUCCGCCCUGGAGACGCCGUGAUACUCCUCCACGUCCGUCCUACCUCCGUCCUGUACGGCGCAGAUUGGGGCGUCGUCGAAGCCUCCGAUGCCGAUGCCGAUUCCGCCACCGAUGAAGAAUCGCAGCAAAAGCUGGAAGACGAUUUCGAUGCGUUUACAACAACCAAAGCGAACGAUCUGGCGAAGCCGUUAGUCGAUUCUCAGAUCAAUUUCAAGAUCCACAUCGUGAAAGAUCAUGAUAUGAAGGAACGAUUGUGUUUAGAGGUUGAAAGGUUAGGGUUGAGUGCUGUAAUAAUGGGGAGCCGAGGGUUUGGUGCUUCUAGAAGGACGACGAAAGGGCAGAGGCUUGGGAGUGUGAGCGAUUACUGUGUGCAUCACUGUGUGUGUCCUGUGGUGGUUGUGAGGUUUCCGGACGAUAAGGAUGGAGGAAUCCGAGUCGGAUCGCCGCUUCGGCUGAGUGAUAAGAACGGCGGCAGCGAGCUGCAUCCAGUGCCGGAGGAGGAACCGGAGUUUCAUGAUGCAUCCGACAAGCAAACAGAUAAAGCAGAUCCGGAAAAGGCUUCUUGAAGAUGUGGAAGUUUGAAUGGCGUGAUAUAUAUCGAGAAGAACAGACGAGCGGACAGAAGGAAGUGUUUUAAUGUUGGGUUUUUUUUCUUCGUUUCGGGGAUUAUGAAUGAAUGAAGAGGUUGGUUUCUAGUUGUAAACGGGCCGCCGCCGCCGCCGCCGCUUUGGUGUUUAAAGGUUUAGUGUUUGAAAACUGUUGUUUAUGUGUUUGAAGCCUCAUUAUAUAAUGAAAUGGUUUGUUUUUAUUGA